UCCUCUCCACGUUUCAGACCUGCAGCCACAUCAGCGGGACACUUUCCCAACAAACGACCUCUCCGGUAAACCCCCUUCUCUUCGUUACCCGGGAGGGGUUUUUCCUCCUGUUUCCGUUAAACCGUUGAUUUAUCCGUGACCCGCUCGUGGUGGGGGGGGGGGAUUAUUAACCGGGAGCACGCGCAGGGAUGGAGCGUUCCCGUUAAAGUUGUGAGGCUCGAGAGAAGCUGAAUCAAAGCGGCAUCCUCCGGGGCUCUCACACCGCCACCACCGUCCCCCCCCGCCUCUGACGCCAUGGGCUGCGGGUUGAGGAAACUGGAGGACCCGGAGGACAGCAGCCCCGGGAAAAUCUACUCCACCUUAAAGAGACCCCAGGUGGAGACCAAAACCGAGACCGUGUACGAGUACGUGCUGCUGGACUUCAGCCUGGAAGGAAGCCGUCCCACCGUGCAGUAUGUGUCCUCGCUCUCCGAGCUGCCUCAGGCCCUGCAGCCGUACUACACUCAGGGCUACGUGCUGACCGCGCUGCACCCCAUCAUCCUGUCUGUGGGCCGGACUCGCUCACUGCCCUUCAGCCUGCUCUACAGAGCCAUCCUGGCCCGUCCCAGACCCAGUAAGCAGAUGGCGUCCAUGUGUCACAGCGUGCCGAUGUUAAAGGUGGAGGAGUGGCCGUUACCUGGAGAUUCACUGACGGGGGAUACAGUGAGAGCACUCAUCGACAGGGUGAACAGCAGCGCUCGGGGAGGCGUCCGGUUCGUCGGCUCUGUCCUCCAGCAGGUGAGCGGGGUCACAAACGGCAGAGUUCACAGUCCGAAGAGGAGCUGCCGAUCUCCUCCUCGCACUCCUCCUCGUACUCCGCCUGGAGACAGAGAGCUGGAGGAGAACACCUACAGUCCAGAUUUGCGCUUGCUGGUCUUCUUCCACGCCUGGGCUCCCGGGUGUGCUCCUCUGGACUCCCUGGCCUGUCAGUACCACCAGGGGGCGCUCUCCAUGCGCGUUUCAAGGAAGGGCCAGGUAGUCAGCGCUCUGGAAGCUGAUUGGCUGGAGCUGACUGCUGCAUACUACCGUAAAGGCUGGUCGUUGGUGGACUCGUUCGUGUACUGGGACACACCCAGAGGUGAGCCGGUGCCGAGAUCUCUGGAGGGAUUGUUCGUGUACGAGGAGAGGAGCACGUCUCCUCCCGCCAACGACACCAUCGUGGUAGAGCAGUGGACCGUCAUCGAGGGCUCGAACGUAAAAACCGACUACGGGCCGCUCCUUCACACUCUGGCUGAGUUUGGUUGGCUGCUCACCUGUGUGCUGCCCACGCCGAUCAUCAGACACGACAGUGAUGGAAACUUGGCCACAAAGCAGGUUGUGUUCCUGCAGAGACCGGUCAGAGGUCAGACCGCCGGACACUCGAGGAACCAGGCUCUGUCCAUGCACAGCGACGUCUCCAGUCGCUCUGUGAGCCGAUCCAUCAGCAGCCCCAUCCCCGCAGAGGAGCUGUCUCCCACCGCGGGGGGCAUCGGGGGCUUCCCGGUGUUUGGAGGGGGGUAUCCCAGCGCCCUGUCCCACCUGGAGGAGGGGGGCUUUGAGCAGGAGGAGGGGAAAGCUGAGGUCACCUGCAUGUGAGGAGCGACAACAGGCGGACGCGGCUUCAUUCUGAGACUGAAGCUGAGGAUUUAAAACAUUGAUCCAGACUGAAAAGAGUUUAUUCAUCCUGACAUCGUGUCCCUCAUCAUCGAUUUUACAGACUUUAACGUAGAAGAACUCAGCACUUUUUAAAAAACGUUUUUUUUUUUAAUGAAGCCAUAAAGAGAAAAAAGGUUUAAUUCACCAGGGUCCAAACUUUGAUACACAUUUGUUUGGUGGAGAAUCUUUCAUAUUUAAAUGCAUUUAAAGGGGAUCAGUUCACCAAACUAUAAAGCACAAAGAGGGACAGCACAGUUUUCUGCACGUUAGUGGAACGACACAGGCGGUGCAAAGAGGGGAAGGGGCUCUACAGCAGUUUGAUGUUCCUUCACAGCUUCACGAAAUGUUUGCUUCCAUCAACUCGUGCACCGUUGUGCACUGAUGAGUCCUCUCCUCACAACGAAGCGGACGUUAAAUUUAGGGUGAUAGAAAGUUCUGCUCAGUGAGCUGACGAGAUGAUGGAGCCUGUGUUUGAAAAAGCUGCAUCACCAGCGUAGGUAGGUAGUAACCAAGCAGCAGCCUCCAGUGUUAAAAAAUAAAGCCGAUGCAGAAGUAAAAUCCUGCAGUUCCUCGAGUGUCCACUAGAGGCUGGCUGCAGAAGCACAGGAGUCACAUACACACCCAUUCUAAAAAUCCUCUUACAGCAGAGAUUAACAUGUUUACAGCCUGGUUCAAAAAAACAAAUAGGUCUGAUUAGCUCAAGAGACCGCCAUCGAGGGGACUCCAACGCCCCCCUGCAGGAACAGACGGGUGACGACACUCAGGCUGCGUCUGUUCAUAUUUGAAGUCUGAAACAUCUUAACCACACUAACUCGUGUCGAUGUGCGUAACGUCUGAUUUGGUUUUGGGUUUUUCCUUUAUUUUGAAAGGACAGCGGAUAGAGUAGGAAAUGCGGAUGACAUGGAAAGAAGGCGUGGGUUGGACUUGAACUCGUGCAGCCCGCCUUGAGGACUACAGCCUUUGUAUAUGGGACGUGACCUCACCGCUAGGCCAUCAGCGCCCCAGCUGACUGUCUUAUCUGAAAGAAGAAUCCUGCAGAAAGUUUGGAUGUGAAUGUUUGUGAGGCUGCCUGAGACGCUUUGUAUUCUUACGAUAUCAGUAUUAUUUCUCUGACGAGUCGAGACAGGAGACUUCCUUGUUUCAUGUGGAAACAAACACACCUUAUACCUGCUGUCGUUUCAUUAUCCUUUCUUGAGAUAGUUCUAUUUAAUCAUGCAAACCUUUGAAAGUAUUAUUUAAUAAUCGAUCAGCCGUUGUGUUGUACAUUUAUUUUAUUUACUGCAAACUGCUGCUUCACGACCUUUGUGGUACUUUCUCUUUGUGGUCAUGGAUGAAGUUCUUCAGAGAGGAUCAGGACUGUUUUUGUUUUUACAGGGGAAGUUGACACAUCCAGGUGUGUUUUCAGGUAUUUGAAAGUAAAGCCGAGCAUGAAGGGGAAAAAGGUCGUUUAAAGUAUUCUAAAGGCUCCAGAAGAAAGUCAGAGAGUCGGUUUGGUCUGAAGAUAUGGCGUUUGAAAACUGGAAGAAUAAACGUCCAAAUCUGUGACCAAACUGCCUGUGGUUGAGUUGCAUUGUGGGUAAUGUAGGCGCCAUGUUUUGAGAAGGAAACAGAAAGUGUGAUUUUAAAGGAGGCGCUCAGUCGUUUGGGGUCCUGUGUUGAAGCUGUAAAAGGGAAACAAGAUGUUGUAAAUAUUUGAGAUGCCAUGUUAGCUUUUGUAUUUGAACAUUUCUUCUUCUGUGGUGCACGUUUGUAUUUUUAUUUUGGGAGGAAAGGGAUCGAAUGCACCUGAAGUAUCUCUGAGACAUUUUAGUGUUGUAAACGGAGCUUUGAUUCACACGCUGUUCAUGAAAUCCCCGUCAGGGUUUACUAAAUGUCAGUAUUAA